AUGGCAGCUGUCCAGAAGUCACGCUUCCGAAAGGUGCAGAGCUUCAAGACUGACUAUGCCCCCACCACUAUAACUCAAUAUGAAUCCGAGCGCAGCGGUAUGCAGGUCAUUGUGGCCGACCGAGAAGGGCCCAAAAUCAACGGCUACUUCACCUUGGCCACUGAGAUCUUUGAUGAUUCCGGAGCACCACACACCCUUGAGCAUCUGGUCUUCAUGGGUUCCAGGAGCUACCAGUACAAAGGGCUCCUUGAUAAGCUAGCAUCGAGGGCCUAUUCUAGCACCAACGCAUGGACUGCUGUUGACCACACAGCUUACACCCUAGAGACCGCAGGCUGGGAGGGCUUCGCUCAGAUCCUGCCUGUCUAUUUGGAGCACGUCAUCCUUCCCAACAUCACAGAUGAAGCCUGUAUCACUGAGGUUCAUCACGUGGAUGGGGAGGGAAACGACGCGGGUGUGGUCUAUUCUGAGAUGCAGGCUCUCCAGUAUAGCAUGACCGAGCUCAUGGAUCUCCGGGCGAGGCGGCUCCUGUAUCCCGAGAACGUCGGUUUCCGAUAUGAGACUGGAGGCAUGAUGGAAGCCCUUCGUGCAUUGACCCCGGCGCGGAUUCGUGAAUUCCACAAGGAAAUGUACCAGCCUCGAAAUCUGGCGGUCAUCAUUGUCGGAGAGACGGACCAUGAGAACUUGCUGGAAAUCCUUGACAAAUUUGAAGAGAGCAUCAAAGACGCCAUUCCUCCACUGGAUGCCCCAUUCAGACGGCCCUGGAUAGACUCUCCACAGCCGCCACCCAUAAAGGAGACCAUCGUCGAGACGGUCGAGUUUCCUGAGGAAGAUGAGUCGACAGGUGAUAUUGCCAUUGCUUUCUUCGGUCCCAACUGUACCAACCUAAUUGAUACGUCUGCCUUGAACAUCCUGAUGACGUAUCUUUGCGGCUCGUCGGUCUCGGUUCUAGAGAAUGUUAUGGUCGAGAAGGAGGAACUCGCCAGCUCCGUCUCCUACUGGUGGGACAGCAGGCCCAACACAACUAUCUGGUUUCAGCCUACAGGCGUUGCAACUGAGAAGCUCGAAUUUGUGGAAAAGAGGCUGCAUGAGUUGCUGAAGGAGGUGGCAUCAAAGCCACUUGAUAUGACUUAUAUGAAAGAGUGUAUCAAUCGAGAACAAAGACUCGUCAAGUUUCAGGCGGAAAGUUCUGAACAGUUCUACUCGAACAACAUCAUCACAGACUAUCUUUUCGGCAAGCGGGACGGCUCAACCCUCCAUGAGCUCCGCACUUUGAAGGAGUACGAUGUCCUCGGUCAGUGGACUGAGAACCAGUGGCAGGCAUUCCUCAGGAGAUGGCUGGUUGAUGUCCACCACAUUUCCAUGCUCGGCAAGCCUUCCAUGGCUCUGGCGACCAAGUUGAAGCAGGCAGAAGAGGCUCGUGUUGCAAAGCGGAAAGAGGAGCUGGGACCCGAAGGACUCAAGAAGCUAGCUGAGAAGGUUGAAGCAGCCAAGGCCAAAAACGACGUCGUAAUCCCUGGAUCCUUCAUCGACCAGUGGCCUGUUCCAGGCACUGAGUCCAUCCACUUCAUUGAAUCGAGCACUGCGAGAUCUGGAAAGGCAAAAGGUGUCGGCCUGAGCGACAAUGCUGCUCAAAAGGCGAUUGAUGCUGCCAAGCCAGGAUUGCCACUUUUCAUUCAAUUUGAAGACGUGCCGAGCAACUUUGUCAAUAUCUCUGUUCAUAUUGGGACGUCACAGGUGCCAGUGGAGCUCAAGCCACUUCUUUCCAUUUUCAUUGACAAUUUCUUCAACACUCCGAUCAACCGCGAUGGCAAGUUGGUCGACUUUGAAGAUGUCGUCAUGGAGCUUGAGAAGGACACGAUCAGCUACACUCUCAAUGGUGGCGGAAAGAUCUACGACCCCGAGAGCAUGCUGAUUAGUUUCCAGCUUGAGCCGCAGAAAUAUUCGACCAUCAUCGAAUGGAUCCGAACCCUUAUGUUUGACAGCGUCUUCGACAUUAGGAGAAUUAAGGCGUGUAUCUCUAAGGCACUGGCGGAUAUUCCAGAGGCAAAACGAGACGGAAGGGCCAUGUCUCUUGAAGUCGAUUGGGCGGUGCACAUAAGAAAAGAGUGGUACCCCAUGACGAAGAGAACACUGGUCAGAGCUGUCUACCUGCGCCGACUGAAGAAGCUGCUCCAAAAUGAACCUCAAAAGGUCUUGGACAUGUUCGAGCAGCUUCGCAAGAUCCUCUUUUCGUUCAACAACGUCCGAGUCCUGGUCAUUUCCGAUAUCGCGAAGCUCAACGAACCCGUUCAGUCCUGGGACGUCCUUACCAAGUCCUUUGGUAGCGAUGACACAGCCAAGGAUCUGCUGCCUAUCAUCAAGACGCAUACCAUGCUCAAUGCCGAAGGUCAGGCACCGGGCAACACCGGCACCGUGAUCAUCCCCAUGACCACUCUCGACACGUCCUACAGUGUCAGCACCACCAAGGGACUCACCUCAUACGAGGAUCCCCGUAUUCCUGCCAUGCUUGUCGCCAUCGGCUACCUAGAGGCGGUCGAGGGGCCCCUUUGGAACGCGGUCCGUGGUAGCGGGCUCGCCUACGGUACGCACUUUAGCCGGGAGAUGGACUGGGGCUUCCUGCAGUACCGCGUCUACCGCUCGCCUGACUCCAGCAAGGCCAUCGAUAUCUCGAGGGAGACGGUCGCAAAGAUCGCCUCAGGCGAAGUCCCGCUGGACAAGCAUCUCGUCGAGGGCGCGGUCAGCAGCAUCGUGUCCAGCUUUGCGGACGAGCAGGCCACCAUGUCGUACGCGGCGCAGCAGAAUUACAUCCUGGGCGUGGUUAGAGGCCUUGACCCGGCAUGGACCAAGAACAUACUGGCGCAGGUGCGCAACGUGACGGGCAAGGAGAUCAAGGAGGUCAUGAGCGAGCUGAUCCUGCCUGUGUUCCAGCCUGGCAAGAGCAACAUUGUCGUGACUUGUGCGCCAAUAAUGCAGGAGAACAUGGACAAGGCCUUCAAGAAAAUGGGAUACAAGACCCAAGUCCGAUCUCUCUCAGACUUCUACGACGCCUACGGUCUGGAAGGAGAUGAUGAGGAUGGCAAGGAGGAUUCUGAAGAUGACGAGGAAGAGGAGGAUUCCGACGAAGACGAGGACAUGUCUGAGGAUGACUCUGGCUCUGAGGACGAGGAGUGA